CGAGACGCGCGCAGCAGGUAGCCGGAGCCAGAUCGCGGACAGUCCGAGCGCCACCGGCUUGUUGUUGUCAAGAUGGCGUCCAAGGGGAAGCUAGACGACGAGCAGCAUGGCCGCUCAGACUCGUACAGGGUCGCCACGUUACCCAACAUUCGUGACGACAACAAAACCGCAGAUGGGAUGUAUAAGUCGCGGCGGAAGAGCCCAAAGCAGCGGAGGGACAACCUAGAUGACCUGAAGCAGGAGUUGGACAUUGACUUCCACAAAGUCUCACCCGAGGAACUGUAUCAAAGAUUUCAGACGCACCCCGAAAACGGCCUCAGCCACGCGAAAGCAAAGGAGAACCUGGAGAGGGAUGGGCCGAACGCCCUGACGCCGCCGAAGCAGACCCCGGAAUGGGUGAAGUUCUGCAAAAAUCUGUUCGGCGGUUUCGCCCUCCUAUUGUGGAUCGGUGCGAUUCUCUGCUUCAUCGCGUAUUCAAUUCAGGCCUCGACCAGCGAGGACCCGAACGACGACAAUCUCUACCUGGGCAUCGUCCUCGCGGCGGUCGUGAUAGUUACGGGUAUAUUCUCGUACUACCAGGAGAGCAAGUCGAGCAAGAUCAUGGAGUCGUUCAAGAACAUGGUGCCGCAAUUCGCCACCGUGAUCCGGGAGGGUGAGAAGCUCACCCUACGGGCGGAGGAUCUCGUGCUCGGCGACGUCGUCGACGUCAAGUUCGGCGAUCGGAUACCGGCAGACAUUAGGAUCAUCGAGUCACGCGGAUUCAAGGUGGACAACAGUUCGUUGACGGGCGAGUCCGAGCCGCAAUCGAGGUCGCCCGAGUUCACGAACGAGAAUCCGCUCGAAACGAAGAAUCUCGCCUUCUUCUCCACGAAUGCGGUGGAAGGCACAGCCAAGGGCGUGGUGAUCUGCUGUGGCGAUCAAACGGUGAUGGGAAGGAUUGCAGGGCUCGCGUCCGGCCUGGAUACCGGUGAGACGCCGAUCGCCAAGGAGAUACACCACUUUAUACAUCUCAUUACUGGUGUCGCUGUCUUCCUCGGCGUCACAUUCUUCGUCAUAGCUUUUAUUCUGGGUUACCAUUGGCUCGACGCCGUCAUCUUCCUAAUCGGUAUUAUCGUCGCGAAUGUCCCAGAGGGUCUCCUCGCUACCGUGACCGUGUGCCUCACUCUGACCGCCAAGCGAAUGGCCUCGAAGAACUGCCUGGUGAAGAAUCUCGAGGCCGUGGAGACCCUGGGUUCAACCUCGACCAUCUGCUCGGAUAAGACGGGAACUCUCACGCAGAAUCGUAUGACGGUCGCGCACAUGUGGUUCGACAAUCAGAUUAUCGAUGCCGAUACCACGGAGGAUCAGUCUGGCUUGCAAUACGAUCGUACCAGUCCAGGAUUCAAAGCGCUAGCCAAGAUUGCGACCUUAUGCAAUCGAGCCGAGUUUAAGCCGGGUCAGGAUGGUGAACCGAUUCUGAAACGAGAGGUGAACGGCGACGCCUCCGAGGCUGCGCUGCUCAAGUGCAUGGAACUCGCCUUGGGUGAUGUUAUGGGCAUUAGGAAACGUAACAAGAAGGUCUGCGAGAUUCCUUUCAAUUCCACUAACAAGUAUCAGGUGUCUAUUCACGAAUCGGACGAUCCAAACGAUACCAGGUAUCUCUUGGUGAUGAAGGGUGCACCCGAAAGGAUUUUGGACAGGUGCUCGACUAUAUUUAUCGGCGGCAAAGAGAAGGUUCUUGACGAGGAAAUGAAAGAGGCAUUCAAUAACGCGUACCUGGAAUUGGGUGGACUCGGUGAACGAGUACUCGGCUUCUGUGACUUCAUACUGCCGUCCGACAAGUUCCCGGUCGGCUUCAAGUUCAACGCCGACGAUCCCAACUUCCCGGUCGAUGGGCUCCGCUUUGUGGGCCUGAUGUCUAUGAUCGAUCCGCCGCGGGCAGCGGUGCCCGAUGCGGUCGCCAAGUGCCGUUCCGCCGGCAUCAAGGUCAUCAUGGUUACCGGUGACCAUCCGAUCACUGCCAAAGCCAUUGCCAAAUCUGUCGGCAUCAUCUCUGAAGGUAAUGAGACUGUUGAGGAUAUUGCGCAACGGUUAAAUAUCCCAGUAUCCGAAGUAAAUCCUCGCGAGGCUAAAGCCGCGGUCAUCCACGGAACCGAACUCAGGGAACUGAACUCCGACCAAUUGGACGAGAUUCUCAGGUACCACACCGAAAUUGUGUUCGCCCGUACCUCGCCUCAGCAAAAGCUCAUCAUUGUCGAAGGCUGCCAGCGGAUGGGCGCGAUUGUCGCUGUAACUGGUGACGGUGUGAAUGACUCGCCCGCUCUGAAGAAGGCCGACAUUGGUGUCGCUAUGGGCAUUGCCGGUUCUGACGUCUCCAAGCAAGCGGCCGACAUGAUCCUACUCGACGACAACUUUGCUUCGAUUGUGACAGGCGUGGAAGAGGGUCGCUUGAUCUUCGACAACCUGAAGAAAUCUAUCGCCUACACUUUGACUUCGAACAUACCCGAAAUCUCGCCUUUCCUGGCAUUUAUCCUCUGCGAUAUCCCUCUACCGCUGGGUACCGUCACCAUUCUCUGCAUCGAUCUGGGAACUGACAUGGUACCCGCCAUUUCGCUAGCCUACGAGGAGGCAGAGAGCGAUAUUAUGAAGCGACAACCACGAAAUCCCUUCACUGACAAGCUAGUUAACGAAAGGCUUAUUUCGAUGGCGUACGGUCAAAUCGGUAUGAUCCAAGCUGCAGCCGGUUUCUUCGUCUACUUUGUCAUUAUGGCUGAGAAUGGAUUCCUGCCCUUGUAUCUGUUUGGCAUCCGAAAGCAAUGGGACUCUAAGGCUAUCAACGAUUUAACUGACAGCUACGGUCAAGAAUGGACCUAUAGGGAUCGCAAAACGCUGGAGUUCACUUGCCACACAGCUUUCUUCGUAUCGAUCGUAAUUGUGCAAUGGGCUGAUCUGAUCGUCUGCAAAACGCGCCGCAACUCGAUUAUUCAUCAGGGAAUGAGAAACUGGGCUCUGAACUUUGGUCUCGUGUUCGAGACCGCCCUUGCUGCGUUCCUAAGUUACACGCCUGGUAUGGACAAGGGUCUCCGUAUGUUCCCACUCAAAUUUGUAUGGUGGUUACCAGCUCUGCCGUUCAUGUUCGCCAUCUUCAUUUAUGACGAAACGAGACGAUUCUAUCUCCGCCGGAAUCCAGGCGGCUGGCUCGAGCAAGAAACUUACUAUUAAACGCAAAGAGGAUUAAAUCACACGCAUGCAGAGCGCGCGCGCAAGAGGACGAGUGAACGGACGAGAGAGCGAGAGAAAGAGAGUGAGAGAAAGAGAGAGAGCGAGCGAAAGAGAGAGAAUGAUGAUGAGAGAGAAUGAGACGCAUACUCACACCUGAAAGAUACACCUAAAAAAAAAAA